AAACGCAGUCACUUGGGAACGGUGAGGAAGGAUGUCCCCGCAGUGUUUUCUGGGCCUCCAACCCUCUCCCAGAGCCCUGCCCCCAGCUCCGAAAAGCUUCCUGGAAAUGUCCUCGUUAUCACUUCCCCUCCCGGGCUGGGGGCUGGGAGCGGGCGGGCCCCUCCGCCCCCGGCCGGCUCGCAGGCGCCACCGCGCAGGCAGCUCCGAGAGGGGCCCCGGCUCGCAGCUCCGCGCCGCGCCCCGCGCUCGGGCCCCGCCGCGACGCGCCCCCCUCUCCGCUGGCGCCUCCGCCCGCUUCACGAUGAGGGUCCUGGGUGGGCGCUGCGGGGCGCUGCUGGCGUGCCUCGCCCUGGUGCUGUCUGUCGCAGAGGCAAACUUUUUGUCAAAAAAACAUGCUUCACAAGUCCUGGUUAGGAAACGUCGUGCAAAUAGUUUGCUUGAAGAAACCAAACAGGGUAAUCUUGAAAGAGAAUGUAUUGAAGAACUUUGCAAUAAAGAAGAAGCCAGAGAGAUCUUUGAAAAUGACCCUGAAACGGAUUAUUUUUAUCCAAAAUACUUAGUUUGUCUUGGCUCUUUUCGAGCUGGAAUAUUCACUGCUGCACGUCAGUCAACUGAUGCUCACCCUGACCUAAGGAGCUGUGUCAAUGCCAUUCCAGACCAGUGUAAUCCCCUGCCAUGCAAUGAAGAUGGAUAUAUGAGCUGCAGAGAUGGCCAAGCUACAUUCACUUGCAUUUGUAAAUCAGGCUGGCAGGGAGAAAGGUGUGAAAUUGAUAUAAACGAAUGCAAAGAUCCCUCAAACAUAAAUGGAGGUUGCAGCCAGAUUUGUGAUAAUACACCUGGAAGUUACCGCUGUUCCUGUAAAAGCGGUUUUGUUAUGCUUUCAAAUAAAAAAGACUGUAAAGAUAUGGAUGAAUGCUCUAUGAAGCCAAGCAUUUGUGGCACAGCUGUGUGCAAGAACAUCCCAGGAGACUUUGAAUGUGAAUGCCCUGAAGGCUACAGAUACGAUCCCAAAUCAAAGUCUUGUGAAGAUGUGGAUGAAUGCUCAGAGAACAUGUGUGCCCAACUUUGUGUCAAUUACCCUGGAGGUUACUCUUGUUAUUGUGAUGGGAAGAAAGGAUUCAAACUUGCUCAUGAUGAGAAGAGUUGUGAGGCUGUUCCAGUGUGCCUUCCCUUGAACCUUAACAAAAAUUAUGAAUUACUUUAUUUGGCAGAGCAGUUUGUAGGGGUCGUUUUAUAUUUAAAAUUUCGUCUGCCAGAAAUCUCCAGAUUUUCAGCCGAAUUUGAUUUCCGGACAUAUGACUCAGAAGGUGUUAUACUGUACGCAGAAUCUCUCGAUCACUCAGCUUGGUUCCUGGUUGCACUUCGUGAUGGAAAGAUUGAAAUUCAGUUUAAGAAUGAGCAUACAACCAAAAUCACAACUGGAGGCAAAGUUAUUAGUAAUGGUCUAUGGAAUAUGGUGUCUGUAGAAGAAUUAGAACAUAGUAUUAGUGUUAAAAUAGCUAAAGAGGCUGUGAUGAAUAUAAAUAAACCUGGAAGCCUUUUUAAUCCUACAAAUGGAUUUUUGGAAACCAAAGUAUACUUUGCAGGAUUCCCUCGGAAAGUGGAAAAUGCACUCAUUAAACCGAUUAACCCUCGUCUAGAUGGAUGUAUACGAGGCUGGAAUCUGAUGAAUCAAGGAGCUUCAGGAGUAAAGGAAAUUAUUCAAGAAAAACAAAAUAAGCAUUGCCUCGUUUCUGUGGAGAAGGGCUCCUACUAUCCUGGUUCUGGAGUUGCUCAAUUUAGCAUAGAUUAUAAUAACAUAUCCAGUGCUGAGAGUUGGCAAGUAAAUGUGACCUUGAAUAUUCGCCCAUCCGCGGGCACUGGUGUUAUGCUUGCCUUGGUUUCCGGUAACACGGUGCCCUUCGCCUUGUCCUUGGUGGACUCCACCUCUGAAAAAUUCCAGGAUAUUCUGGUAUCUGUUGAAAAUACAGUAAUAUCUCAGAUAGAGGCCAUGAGUCUAUGUUCUGGUCAACAAUCGUCUCUGGAAUUCAGAGUCAACAGAAACAAUCUGGAAGUGUGGACUCCACUUCAAGAAGAUACCGUCUCCUCUGAACACUUUCAAAGACAAUUUGCCAUCUUGGAUAAAGCAAUGAAAGGAACAGUGGCCACUUACCUGGGUGGCCUUCCAGAUGUUCCAUUCAAUGCCACACCAGUGAAUGCCUUUUAUAAUGGCUGCAUGGAAACAAAGAUUAAUGGUGUACAGUUGGAUCUGGAUGAAGCCAUUUCUAAACAUAAUGAUAUUAGAGCUCACUCGUGUCCGUCAGUUCAAGAAGACACAAAGAAUUCUUAAGGCAUCUUUUCUCUGCUGAUAAUAUUUUUUUCCUGUGUGUAAUUAUACUUACAUUUCAAUAAUAGCUGAAGAGUUUUGCCUACAAUGUACAAUCUUUAAUUAUUUUGUGGCACUUUAACCUUCUUGGAAUUUUUAAAAGGUCCUUUUUCAAGAAAAAUAUUCCGUUGUAAUAUAAAUCACAUUAAAAAAUCCUUACUUCUAUUGCUGUCUAGAAAUUAAAUAAUGAAACACAUAAAAAUUUUAAAUUUGAA